ACAAAAAAAUGAUCGUCUCCUUCAAAUUUUCGUUUUGUCACGUUGCCGGAAUGCGCGUUGGCCUUCACCGCCGUCAUCUCUAAAAGUCAAACCCGCUCAUCGAAAUAGAACUGCAAUCGAAGGAAAACUCGAGGCAACAAUGUCAGCCAACGACACAUCGGACUACAACCAGGGCUACGACAGUGCCUCGACAUUGUCAGGGGGCAGCUUCCGACCGUACUCAUCACCGUACCUGAACUACGACCCCGUUUAUAUACCCACGGCGCAGCCCGAGUUCAUAUUCCUGGAUGGCGCGAGCAAACAACGGGGCCGGUUCGAACUUGCCUUUGGACAGAUCGGGGGCUCGUGCAUGUUGGGGGCAGCCAUGGGAGGCGCGUACGGACUUUACAACGGUCUCAAAGCCACUACGAUGGCGGGUCAAACCGGAAAACUUCGAAGAACACAGAUGAUAAAUCACAUAAUGAAGAAUGGUAGUGCAACUGCAAAUACGUUCGGUUCGAUCGCGGUAAUUUACAGUGGGUUUGGCGUAUUGCUUUCAUUAGCUAGAGGCACUGAUGACGAUUUGAACACAGUCGUCGCAGCAACUGCCACGGGUUUACUUUAUAAAUCUUCAGCUGGUCUGAGAAAAUGCGGGAUUGGCGGCGCAAUCGGGUUUGGAGUCUCAACAUUAUAUGCCCUUUGGAAUUCUAGAGACAAAUUAGCGAAUUUACGGCAAUUUAAUCCAGCGCAAUAGAACCAGUUCAGUUCUGUUCAGUUCAAUUGACAUGGACUACUAUACAAGUUAUGUGGCAGUUGUAAAUAAAUGUAAGAUACACAUCAUAUACCCACAUGAAUUGCUCAUGUAAAUAUUUUCUAUAAAUUUAUACAAUUAUAUACUAGAAUUGUAAAUUAUAUUAAUAAAUAGAAUUAAUUUCCUUAA